AUGGGCCCCGCAGCCCGGCCCCGGUCGCUCCCCCCGGCGGACCACGGGCCCCGGUUACACUGCUUCAUUUGGAAAUGACGAAUGCGCCUCUCUGGCCCUGGAACUGGCACUCAAGAGGGAUGUCUUCUAAGAUGUCUUGGAGGCUGAGGUAUAUCUUUGGGAUUCCUCCUCUGAUCCUCGUUCUGGUGCCGGUGUCGUCUUCCUCCAACUGUGAGAGGAAAGCGCUAAAUCGGGAGAGCGAAGACUAUGUGAACGUCCUCCUGCCCGGUAUCAACCGCCUGAAGAACCUGUCCCACGCGGAGGUCACGGCUCAUGUUUCCAGCAGCUGCCGGGGCAGAGAACCCAACUGGCUCAAGAAGCUUUCGUGCAGCGACUCUGAGGAAGGCAUGUAUCUGUACCUGUGUCAGGUGGCCUGUAAGAUGCUGCAGAUUGCCAAAGCCAACAUCAGCGAAGCCUUGAACCAACAGCUAAGUUUUGUCUCCCGGGACACGAUCGAUAUCCUGUGUUGCAACUGCCCCCAGGUCAGAGAGAAGCUACGCAAGACAGAGAGAGAAAGAGAAACCGAAGACUCCUCUCUGAACGAGCCCUACCCAACCAGGAGUGUGGGCAAGGACAAAGGCCCAAGGAAAGGGCGGAGGAAACAGAACCCAGAGCUGCGCUGUUUUCUGGAGAAAGCACUGUCUGAAUUCAUAAUCUGCUGGCAAAAGCGCUAUUCUACGACGAGCCGCUUCGGCUGAGCUGCGGUGGCCCAGGCCAGCUGUUUGGGCGCUUGCGUAGCCACUCCCUGCUUGCCCCCGGGCACUGCGGCAGAAGCUCGGGCCCCUGGGGCCGCAUUUCAUCUUGCCUCAGGUCGACCCACCCGGGCGCCUUCAUCCAUCCCACCCGCCCGUGCUCCUGCCGCUCUCCCGGGGUUGGAUAAGUCGGGCCGGUAGCCUGCCGGUUGUCCGCCGGAGGGGUGGCUCCAUGUCGGGGUGGCCCGGUCCCUGGUGAGGUAGGAAGAAUGGCGGCGUGGGCGGAGCCACCCUGAUGCGAGGGGGCCGUGAGGCUGCCGCUCGACUGGUGCAAUGAGUUAAUUUUGACCUCGGCGCACGAAAGGCGUGCUAGAGCCGGGGUAUUUUUACAGAAUAAUAUAUUGGCAUUUUAUCAGUGAAAUGUACAUACUGACUUUCUGAUGAUGUACCUGAGCAUAAAUCUAUUUUCCUAGAUGGUUUAUACCUUCCCCUUUCUUAUUUUGGGUGACCUUACCCCUUUUUGGUAUUAAAAGAAG